UAGUGACCCUAUCUCUGACUGGCUGGCAAUGAGAUGGGUAUGUGCUUCUGUAAAAGACUUACAUGCUAGUUAAACUUGUACAUGCACAGGGAAAACAUCAACGCUUUCAAUAUUACAGAAGCAGACUUCUCAUUCAGGCAACAUAAGAUUUAUAUAACUGCUGCUAUAAUAUUGUUAUAGCUUGAUAUGGCGAACAGAGAUUCUUUUGUGUGCAUGACUCCCAUAUCACAAAACACAUCACAAGCGAUCCCAACGGCACAUGUGCAAAGUUUUGGAAAGCGUCUUCACCUUCCUGCCAAGGUCAAUGAUUUGUCAGCCUACUCACUUUCCCAUCCAUUAUCUACGGAAUGCUGGGCUGGAAGUCAGAGGCAUGCUGACUACAGGGAGACAGAUCCAAUCUCCCCCACUCUUGAUAUAUCUCUGGAGAAUCUAAAUCAGCUGAUUCUAGAGCUGGACCCUACAUUCGAACCUAUCUGCGGUCCUUCAGCGAUCAGUGGGAGUCCUGACAGCAGCCCCUCUACAGCUACAGACACAUCACCUGAGGAAGACAGUCCUCAUCCUGUCCAGGAUAAGUGGUGUUUUUCUCAGACACAACACCUCUCACCUUCAGUCGCCGCACCCUCCAGCAGUGUGCCCAUUCCUCUGCCCUCAGGAACAAGCUGCUCCCCCAAUUCUUCCUUGAUUUUUUCUGGCUCACAUCCUUUAUCACAGCCUCCCCAAUCCAGCAGAAGUAAGGUUCCCCUAUCUGCCUCUUGGGAAGUGCCAUCUCCUUCCGGUUCCCUGCAUUUGCUGAGCCGCUGUCGUGGCAGUGGCUGUUCAUUGCUCUCCUGUUCUCCCAAGUCAGAUACCAGCUAUGUUCUUGGCAGCUGCCAUUCUCUGCUCAGUGAUGAUGCUGACUGCCCAGAUUGCAGUACUUUUGAUUCCACAAUACCUUACAAUGAUGUCAUCAGCUCCCGCCCUCAAUCACCAAGGCGAUCCCAACCAUCCUUCUCUGAACACAAACUCGACAAGUCUGCACAGAUUCUGCACACGAUACCUCAUCGCAGUCGCGGAGUAAUCUGCACCUCCAACCCAAACAGUUGCUCAUCUUCUGUGGCUGGAUCUGUGUCAGACAUCCCUGUGGUUCUGAUUAAUGGAGCCCCUGAGACGAAGGAUGAAGCCACACAUCCUCAGAAUGAGCAUCCAGUCUGCAUCCUGGAAAGCCAAAAUUUGGAGAAAAUAUCUUCUGAUGGUUCUACCCCGUCGCCACAUGUCCUACUGCAAAGAAACCAGCCCUCCAUAAAGUCUGUGAUGGAUAAAUCCCAGUUCUGGUUCCGCCCACACAUCACCCGAGAAGAGGCGGAUUUCCUCCUGCAAGAUCAGAAGCCGGGCUCCUUUGUAGUACGGAACAGCACCUCUUUUAAAGGUUCCUUUGGACUCGCCUUGAAAGUUGAUGAGAAUUAUUCAAACCUCCAAUCUACCUGCCAAUUGGGUGACAGCAUCCAAACUACAACUCUAGUGAGACAUUACCUUAUAGAAUCAUCUGCUAAAGGUGUUCGUCUUAAGGGGUCCACUGAAGAGCCAUAUUUUGGUAGCUUAUCUGCUCUGGUCUACCAGCAUGUUGUUACUGCUUAUGCACUACCCUGCAGACUGCGCAUCCCCACACAUGAUUUCAGGACCAGAGAGAAUAGCAGCAAGGACAAAUCAGGAAAAGGGUCAUCAAAACAGUUUGCAUGUAAUUUCCUGUACCUGAGAACGGUGGGCACAGAGAUGCUGACAGGACCCUGUGCUCUCCAGAAAGCAGUAUCUGCCAUUUUUCAGCAAGAGAACAUACCUACACCAACAAUCGUCAAUCUGAUGGUGUCACCAAAAGGCAUCACCCUAACGGACAUUCAGAGGAAGGUCUUCUUUAGACAAUAUUACCCUGGCCAUCUACUGAGUUAUUGCGGGGAAGAUCCUGACAAUAGAAGUUGGCCAAAGGACUGCAAAUCAGCAAUAAUUUUUGGCUUUGUAUCAAAAGGCAACGAGUCAAAUGCUGAGAACAUGUGUCAUAUUUUUGCUCCAUGUGACACCCUACAAUCUUCAAAUUCAGCUGUUGAGUUGAUCCGGGGCAUCAUCACUUCUGAUAUCAAGCAAUUUCAUUCUAACAUGAUAUAGCGAAAAUGGAAAUCAGGCUUAAUCUGCAUGCUAAAUUAUUUUUGAUACGAUAUCCAGGAUUAGUUGAUAUUACACAAGUACACUGUAAUUACUAGAAAAAAGUACACUGUCUGGCUAAAGACAAGUCAAAUACUAUCAAGUUUAGUUGGACUGCCUUUAGUUUUCAUUACAGUUUGCAUUCACUGUGGCAUUGUGUCAAUGAGCUUUUGCAGCAUCUCAACAUGUAUUUUUGUUUAGAUUUACAUAAUUUUUUGCCAAUAUCUUGUGUAAAGUUGAACCACUCCAAGUCUUCUCCAGAACAUCCCAAAUUAUUUCAAUGGGGUCAAGGUCAGGACUGUGUGGUGGCCACAUCGUGUGUUAAAACGAUUCCUCAUGCUUCCUGAACCACUCUCUCACAAUUUGAGCCUGAUGAGUAUUGGCAUUGUUAUCCAGGAAUGUGCCCGUAAUGCCAGGGAAGAAAAAAUACAUUGAUGGGAUAACCUGUUCAUUCAGAAGUUCAGGUACUCGGCUAACUUCAUUUUAUUGGUGCCUAAUGUUGCUGAGCCUAGAUCAGGCCAACAGAAAGAACUCCAGAUUGUAACACUGCCUCCAGAGGCAGAAGGGUCCUUCGCUUCUUGUGUUUCCCUUCCCGGAAGUCUUUUUUUCCAGUUAGCCUCACAAAAAAGUGUUUUUCUUGUAGUCACACAGCUGUUUAGUCCCAAUUCUGUAAGUUUUCAGUGUGCUUAGAAGUGCUCUUUUACUAUUAAAUGUAGUCAUAGGUUCUACUGAUGAUUUUUAAAAUGAUUUCACUUUACUAAGAGUAUUAGUGAUCUCCAGUCAUAAUCAUUCAUCAAGGAAUAAUCUGUUAUUUUAGACCGCAUUUUUUUUCCACAAAGUUGAUGGUUCAUCACCAUCGUUUCAGGAUUUAUAAAGGGUUUGACAUUUCUUAACCCAGUUGCAAUACUUUAACCAAUCUCCUUAUUUAUUUUCUUUUCUUGAUGCAGGCCAAUAAUUUUCCCUUUUUAAAUGUACUAACAUCUUUUCCAUGGGAUACGUUUUCAGACAUGGUUGUUUAAGAAAAGAGGAGUUACACACUGGGCCAGUUGAAGUUAAAGGACCUGUUGGCAGCUGAAACCUGUUAUUUACUGCAAUAAUAAUCCAAUCAUUGGCUCUUAAGAAUUUUCUUAUAUAAAAAUUGAAAUGGUGACUUUUUUUGAUGAGGCAGUGUACAACGUGUAAUAUAAGAUGUAGAUAAAAAUUAUGUUAAAAUAUUAAACAAAAGUAUUUUUAAACAACACGAAACCAAUUUUUUUUAUGAUUCUGUAUGGGAUUCUGAUUCUUCAAUCAUAUAAAUCACAAAGGGUUUCAGUGUUUUAGUGUGAUGUGUCUUCAUAAAGGUAUAAUGUAUGCUUUUGGUAGUCCAAAGGCUCAGAAUGUAACAUGAAUCUUACAUUGAAUCUUUAUGUGGGGAUUUAUCUUUGUGUUCAUCUAAAUUCAGUUAAGUCAAUCUAGUAUCUCUGCUAAGAAAAUAACUGCUGAAAAUGUCUUCAUUUGUUGUUUAUUUGUCUUUUUAGCAGUUGCAGCUGGUGAAAAUUAUUCUAGGUUCUGUUUGUUUCUGCCAUAUUCUGUCAGUUUCAAGCAACUGUCCAAAUACAUUUUAACACAAAAUGCAGGAUACCAGUGGUCUGACAAAUAGUCAGCAAUUAUUUUAUUAGCAUUAAAAAUCAACAGAUUAAUAAAUAAUGAAAAUUAUCAUAACGGAGCUUAAAAAAAUUCAGAAUCUUAAAAAAUUUGACCUGGAAACAUUUCCUAAAGGCCAUUCUUAUUGUGGAAGCAAGACUGGAUAUUGGUAAGCUCGGGAGGGGAGGCAUAUUGGGUCUUUUAUGUCUUAGGCCUUAGGCAAGAAGAGAUUGUUUUGAAUACUGUGUGACCUCGCUUUGUAAUGGCUGCCUGCAGUUAGUUCCGCAGACACUGAAGAAAGGUCGGACCUUGGAGAGGCAGGCAGUGGAACAAAAAAGGGGGGGGGGAGAAACCACCUGCAGGAAGAGAUUAGAAGCUCCCCCAACUGGUGCACAAUGAGUUAUAGCUUUAUAAAAUAGUUGCAGUGACAUAGUUUUAGUGUUUCUGGGUAGUGCAAAUGUAUAAGUAAUUAUGUUCAUCAUACAAAUCAUAUGCUAACCAUGUAUUUGCAGUAAUUCAAUGACAAUACGUCAAUGUGUUAAUCAUUAAUCAAUGGAACACCCAAACAUUAAUAGUGAUUCAAUGUCAUAUGAUCAAUAUCUAUAUACAUAUCUCAAGUAGAGUUUAGAGGACAAGACAGAUUCUGGUAAAUUGAGCAAGAUGGGUGGAUUUUACCUUGCUACCAUGGUGAAUCAAUAGAGCAGGAGAAUUUAUGUUUGUUACACGUUUGAGCUCGGUUUGUUGGUGUUUUGUGACCAAUCAGGACUUAAAAGUCCUUAUUGGGAAUUGGGAGUUAUGGUUUAUCAAAUGGUUGCUCUGUGUGCUCCGGGUGACUUGGUACCGAGUGCCAGAGUGUGACAGGAGCACUUUGCUGGAUUGCUGGAAUAAAAGAGAUUUUCUUUACUCACCAAA